AUGCACUGUGUUGGUACUGGCUCCGUGGCUUUCUUUGGUGGAGGAACCAAAUUAACAGUUUUAGAAAAGGACCAAGAGAUCACUCCCCCCACAGUGGAAGUCUUUGCCCCGUCUGAGAAGGAGCGUCCGCAGAGAAGAGACGGACCCAAAGCCAAGACACUGGUGUGUGUGGCCAGAGACUUCUACCCGGAUCAUGUGACCGUGUCCUGGCAGGUCAACAAAGAUUCCAGAGUACACGGGGUAUCUACAGACACUGAGCCCCAGAGGCAAGGCAAGAAAUACACCAUCAGCAGCCGCCUCAGGGUGACAGUGGAAGAGUGGACACAGCCAGAGAACAUUUUCACCUGCAUCGUGAGCUUCUUUGACGGGCGAGAGAACAAAGAUUACAAAGACAAUAUUCGGGGCAUCAAGAAACAAGAAGACAGUAGCUGGACUAGAGAGGAAUAUCUGAAGAUGACCCAACAUGCAAAACUGUCCUACACCCUCUUAAUUGCCAAAGGUGUCGUCUACGGGCUCUUUGUGGCUUUUCUGAUCUGGAGGGUUCAGGCUUUAAAUGGAAAACAAACCUGA